CUGAAGUGGUAUGGACACAGAUAGAAUGGCUAGUCGGCAGAACUCCAGAAUGGCUUGUUCUCAGAGCUCCAAGAUGGCUAGUCCUCAGAGCUCCAGGAUGGCCAGUCCUCAGAGCUCCAGGAUGGCUAGUCCUCAGAGCUCCAGGAUGGCCAGUCCUCAGAGCUCCAGGAUGGCCAGUCCUCAGAGCUCCAGGAUGGCCAGUCCUCAGAGCUCCAGGAUGGCUAGUCCUCAGAGCUCCAGGAUGGCUAGUCCCCAGAGCUCCAGGAUGGCUAGACCUCAGAGCUCCAGGAUGGCUAGUCCUCAGAGCUCCAGGAUGGCUAGUCCUCAGAGCUCCAGGAUGGCUAGUCCUCAGAGCUCCAGGAUGGCUAGUCCUCAGAGCUCCAGACACAGUACCUCUGUUUCAUCAUCUCCAAUGAGCAGGAUGCACUCACUCCAGGUGGACUCGGUGCAGCGCUGGAUGGAGGACCUGCGUCACAUGACGGAGGUGGAGUGCAUGUGUGUUCUGCAGGCCAAGGCCAUUGGCGUGGAGGAGGAUGCCCAGGGUGAGCUCAUCGUGGCCACGCGGGACCAUGUGGCCCGCGACAACCUGCAGACGCUGCUGCGGCGGGCGCUGGUGGUCAGCACGGAGCUGGGCAAGAUGUUCCAGCGGCUGGAGAAGGGCCUCUGGCAGCGGGUCCACAGCACGGCCGUCCGGGCCAACUGCCACGUGCGCUCACUGGUACACGAGUAUAGCGCCGCCCGUAACACCCCCUCAGAGAUGCAGAAGUAUGAGAAGUCUUUGCUUGAGAAGUGCAUGGAGCUGACCACCAUAACAGAGAAAUGCCUUCAUACUGAGGACGAAUUCUUCCUGAAGUCCAUGAGGGAGGCCAUUAACGAGAUUCUCACCGAUGUCAGCGAUUCAUUCAGCCACAUGAUUGACAUGGCCCUGGCCAAUGAGAUCCAGAUCCUGAUCAGGCAGAUUGAGUUGUCAGACAGUAUGUACACCAUAGGCAGUGCCAUCAGCAACCUGCUCUCCCUCACCCAGGACGGCCCGCAGCUCUGCAGAAUCAUCGCUAAGGAGGGCGCUGUGGUGGCCUUGUUUAAGAUCUGCCGGCAGGACUGCUUCAGCGACCUCUACCCACACGCCCUGAGGGCGGUGGCCUCCAUAUGUUGCGUGGAGGAGGGCAUCAAUCAGCUGGAGAAGGUGGAUGGGAUCCUGUGCUUGGCGGACAUCCUGACCGAUGAGAACAGAGCUGAGUCGGCGAGGGCAGAGGCAGCGGCAGUGGUGGCCCAGAUCACCUCGCCCCACCACACCUCCACCCAGCACCUGGGCAGCUUCCUGGAGAGCAUGGAGGACAUUGUCACCGCUCUCAUCAAGUUGUGCGGGAGUGCCUCCUGUGGCGAGGUCUUCCUCCUGGCGUCUGCUGCCCUUGCCAACAUCACAUUCUUCGACAGCAUGGCCUGUGAGAUCCUCCUCCAGCUCAACGCCAUCCACAUCCUCCUCCAGGCAUGCAAAGACCGCCAGAGAGUUGAUACUCCCUACUCUAAAGAUCAGGUGGUUACCAUCUUGGCAAACCUCUCUGUUUUCGAGCAGUCUGCACCUGAAGUCCUGCAAGAGAAAGGUGUUGAGAGACUGCUCCAGCUGCUGGGUGAGAAGCCGUCCUCCUCUAGUCCAUCGGAGGGCGCCGCGUGCGAGAGGGUCCAGCAGAAAGCCGCUGUCACACUGGCCCGUCUGAGCAGAGACCCGGACAUAGCCCAAACAGCCAUCCAGCUGCAAGCUGUCCCUCGACUAAUCCAACUGUGUCGCUCACCAGCGGAGCGGAACAACAGUGACUCUGUACUAGUUGCAUGUCUGGCUGCCCUGAGGAGGCUGGCGACGGGGUGUCCAGACAGCAUCGAGGCCACCGACCACCAGCAGCUGAUCAAGCCCAGACUGGUGGACUCUUUCCUGCUGUGCUCCAACAUGGAAGAGAGCUUUGUAUGAGAAGAGAGCUUUAUAGGAUGAUCCAGAGCGGAGGGGUUGGGUGCACAGGCACUGGAGGAGUCUCAGUGACCACUCACUCCAGCCUGAGACUUAAAAGCACACAAGACAAAGGAGGGGUUGCUGAAAUCAGUCCCUAUAUCCCAAAGCACACAUUAAAUGUAUACCCCAAAAUCUGAGCAUAAACGGAAUUGCUGUUAAUAAUUACAGAACUGACAUUCUCGGAGUAUAAAACACCGAAACUCGGGGACAUGUACAUGUAGGCAGCAUGCAUGAAAUGGUACUCAUUGGUUAUAACUCAUCUCAUAGCAACAUUCAUAGUGUACAUGGGACCACCAUGCAUGAAAUAAAAAGAAUCAGUAUUUUGUGUCAGCUGCCAAUUUAAUGGGUUGUUAAAAUAUUAGAAACUACUAUUGUGUUCUGUUACUUAUAGAUAAGAAUAUGUUUAAUGAGUUGUUGGUGGAACAUACAGUAUCUUCAAGGUAUUUGAUUACAUUAUCUCAAGUCUGUAGACUUAAAUGUAAUUUCCCUGUCUUGUUCAGGUGAGGUAGUAAUAUAGGUUCCUGAUUUUAGUGUGCUGUUGUGAGCGGAAGGUGACUCCUAAAGGAGGUUUACUUGGAAACGAAGUGCUUUGAAAUCUAUAAUAUUGUAUCUGUAUUUCUUGUGUAACGGAUGUGAAAUGGCUAGCUAGUUAGCGGGUACGCGCUAGUAGCAUUUCAAUCAGUUACGUCACUUGCUCUGAGACUUUAAGUAGGGUUGCCCCUUGCUCUGCAAGGGACGUGGCCUUUGUGGAGCGAUGGGUAACGAUGCUUCGUGGGCGACCGUCGUUGAUGUGUGCAGAGGGUCCCUGGUUCGCGCCCGGGGCGAGGGGAUGGUUUAAAGUUAUACUGUUACAUUGGUGCUGUGACCCGGAUCACUGGUUGCUGCGGAAAAGGAGGAGGUUGAAAGGGGGGUGAGUGUAACGGAUGUGAAAUGGCUAGCUAGUUAGCGGGUACGCGCUAGUAGCAUUUCAAUCAGUUACGUCACUUGCUCUGAGACUUUAAGUAGGGUUGCCCCUUGCUCUGCAAGGGCCGCAGCUUUUGUGGAGCGAUGGGUAACAACGCAUCGUGGGUGUCAGUUGUUGAUGUGUGCAGAGGGUCCCUGGUUCGCGCCCGGGUCGGGGCGAGGGGAUGGUUUAAAGUUAUACUGUUAUACUUGCCUUGGAUCUAAAACAUUGUAUUUGCUACAAAGAAACAUACAUGUGUUGUAAGCCACAAUCUCUAUUAAAUUACUAUUAUAAUGUAUGACAUGCACAUACUGUAAUAAA